GGUAUGUCUGACGUGGCCAACAACCUGCCCUUCUUUUUUGGCAAUAUCACCCGAGAGGAGGCAGAAGAUUACCUGGUCCAGGGUGGCAUGAUCGAUGGACUCUAUCUGCUGCGCCAGAGUCGCAAUUACCUGGGAGGAUUUGCUCUGUCCGUGGCCUACGGGAGGAAGGCACAUCACUACACCAUCGAGCGAGAGCUGAAUGGGACCUAUGCCAUUGCAGGUGGCAGGACUCAUGGCAGCCCUGCUGAGCUCUGCCUUUAUCACUCUCAGGAGUCUGAUGGUCUCAUCUGCCUCCUCAAGAAGCCUUUAAACCGACCUCCUGGGGUACAGCCUAAGACUGGACCCUUUGAAGACUUGAAGGAAAACCUUAUCAGGGAGUAUGUGAAACAGACAUGGAAUCUGCAGGGUCAAGCUUUGGAGCAAGCCAUUAUCAGUCAGAAACCACAGCUGGAGAAGCUCAUUGCUACCACCGCCCAUGAAAAAAUGCCCUGGUUCCAUGGGAAAAUCUCUCGGGAUGAAUCUGAGCAGAUUGUCCUAAUAGGAUCAAAGACAAAUGGAAAAUUUUUGAUUCGAGCCCGCGACAACAACGGGUCCUAUGCCCUUUGUCUACUGCAUGAGGGGAAGGUGCUGCACUAUCGCAUAGAUAAAGACAAAACUGGGAAACUCUCCAUCCCAGAUGGGAAGAAGUUUGACACACUUUGGCAGCUAGUCGAACACUAUUCUUACAAACCAGAUGGUUUGUUAAGAGUGCUUACAGUUCCAUGUCAAAAAAUUGGUGCAGAUAAUGGGAAUAUUAAUUUCAGGAGUCAGCCACCACUUUCAAGUUUUAACUCUAUGGUAAGUAAUCAGAACCAACUUGACAAAAGUUCUGUGUUUAAUCCUUAUGAGUCAGACCGAGGACCAUGGACAACUGAACGAGGUCCCCAGAGAGAAGCCAUGCCAAUGGAUACUGAAGUGUAUGAAAGCCCCUAUGCAGACCCCGAGGAGAUAAGGCCGAAAGAGGUCUAUCUGGAUCGAAAGCUGCUGACCCUGGAAGACAAAGAGCUUGGCUCUGGUAACUUUGGUACUGUGAAGAAAGGUUACUACAAAAUGAAAAAAGUUGUGAAAACAGUGGCUGUGAAAAUACUGAAGAAUGAAGCCAAUGACCCAGCUCUCAAAGAUGAGUUGUUAGCAGAAGCCAAUGUCAUGCAGCAGCUUGAUAACCCUUACAUUGUGCGUAUGAUUGGGAUCUGUGAGGCUGAGUCCUGGAUGUUGGUGAUGGAGAUGGCGGAACUUGGGCCCCUUAAUAAAUACCUGCAGCAGAACAGGCACGUCAAGGAUAAGAACAUAAUAGAGCUGGUUCAUCAGGUUUCUAUGGGAAUGAAAUAUUUGGAGGAGUGCAAUUUUGUUCACAGAGAUCUAGCUGCAAGAAAUGUGUUGCUGGUUACUCAACAUUAUGCCAAAAUCAGUGAUUUUGGACUUUCCAAAGCACUUCGUGCUGAUGAAAACUACUACAAGGCCCAGACUCAUGGGAAGUGGCCUGUGAAGUGGUAUGCUCCAGAAUGCAUCAACUACUACAAGUUCUCCAGCAAGAGUGAUGUCUGGAGCUUCGGAGUGCUGAUGUGGGAAGCAUUUUCCUAUGGGCAGAAGCCAUAUCGAGGAAUGAAAGGAAGUGAAGUGUCUGUUAUGCUAGAAAAAGGAGAAAGGAUGGGGUGCCCUCCAGGCUGUCCAAGAGAGAUGUAUGAACUGAUGAAUCUGUGCUGGACAUAUGAGGUGGAAAACAGACCUGGAUUCGUAGCAGUGGAGUUGCGGCUGCGGAAUUACUAUUAUGACGUGGUUAACUAA